GGCGCGGGGCAUCAGGGGAUUGCGGCUGCACCCGUCACCCGGGCAACGGGCCUGGGGCCCGGGAUCAGGAUCGGGCCCCGGCUUCCCGCAGCAGGAGGUGGGCAGUCCUGGCUCGUAUCGGGAACGGUGUGGCCAGCAGGAGCAGGGGGGUGAUUGUCCCCCUGUACUCGGCUCUUGUGAGGCCGCACCUCGAGUGCUGUGUUCAGCUUUGGGCCCCUCACUACAAGGAGGACAUCGAGGCCCUGGAGAGUGUCCAGAGAAGGGCUACGAAGCUGGUGAAGGGCCUGGAACACAAGUCCUAGAAAAAUGAUGCAAAACGUGCACCUGGCUCCAGAGGAAGAUGAAGAUGAUCUUUAUUCUGGCUACAAUGAUUAUAAUCCCACUUUUGACACAGAGGAUUUAGAAAAUGAUAUAGGUUUUCAACAGGCAGCAAGAACAAGUCAUGGGAGAAGACCCCCUGUGACAGCCAAAAUUCCUGGUACAUCAGCUUCAAGACCUUUAGGUACUGCAUUUGGGUCAAAGGCAACUUUAACUUCAUCUAUGGGAAGACCAAUGACAGGAGCUAUACAGGAUGGGGUUUCUCGACCCAUGACAGCAGUGCAUGCUGCAGGUUACACUAAGGCAGCCAUGAGAGGUUCUUUAUUUGAUCCUCUUGGCCAAGCAAGAGGUCCCGCUCCACCUUUGGAAAUGAAAAAUCCAGACAGUUCAGAAGAGAAGAUUAGGCAGUUAGAAAAAAAAGUGAACGAACUGGUUGAAGAAAGUUGCAUUGCCAACAGCUGUGGAGACUUGAAAUUGGCUCUGGAAAAAGCAAAAGAAGCUGGAAGAAAGGAAAGAGUAUUGGUGAGACAACGUGAACAAAUUUCUACUCCAGAAAACAUCAACUUAGAUCUCACGUACUCAGUUCUUUUCAAUCUGGCUAGUCAGUAUGCUGCUAAUGAAAUGUAUGCUGAAGCACUGAAUACUUAUCAAGUUAUAGUGAAGAAUAAGAUGUUCAGCAAUGGAGGUAGACUGAAGGUCAAUAUGGGAAACAUAUAUUUAAAACAACGAAACUAUUCCAAAGCUAUCAAAUUCUACCGUAUGGCUCUAGACCAGAUUCCUAGUGUCCACAAAGAGAUGAGGAUUAAUAUAAUGCAAAAUAUUGGAGUUGCAUUUAUUAAAACUGGCCAAUACAUUGAUGCCAUUUCUUCCUUUGAACAUAUAAUGAGCAUGUCCCCAAAUCUGAAGGCAGGCUUCAACUUGAUCCUAUGUUAUUUUGCUAUUGGAGACAGUGAACAAAUGAAAAAAGCAUUCCAAAAACUGAUUGCAGUUCCCUUGGAAGUGGAUUAUGAUGACAAAUACAUUUCAACAAAUGAUGAUCCACAUACCAAUCUACUGAUUGAAGCCAUUAAAAAUGACAGUUUAAGACAAAUAGAACGUGAGAGGAAAUCCAUGGCAGAGGAAUACAUCAUGACAGCUGCUAAACUGAUUGCACCAGUAAUUGAAACAUCUUUUGCUGUUGGCUAUGACUGGUGUGUUGAAGUAGUGAAAGCUUCCCACUAUGUAGAGUUAGCCAAUGACCUGGAAAUAAAUAAAGCCACUACUUAUUUGAGGCAACAGGAUUUUAACCAGGCACUGGAGACUUUAAAAAUGUUUGAAAAAAAGGAUAGCAGAGUAAAGAGCGCAGCUGCAACAAACCUUUCAUUCCUUUAUUAUUUGGAGAAUGAAUUGGCACAAGCAUCUAACUAUGCAGAUUUAGCUGUAAAUUCUGAUAGGUACAAUCCAGCAGCUCUAACUAACAAAGGAAAUACUGUUUUUGCAAAUGGAGACUAUGAAAAAGCAGCUGAGUUUUAUAAGGAAGCUCUCAGGAAUGAUUCCUCUUGCACUGAAGCACUUUAUAAUCUUGGUUUAACAUACAAGAAGUUAAACAGAAUAGACGAAGCCUUGGAUUGUUUUCUGAAACUCCAUGCAAUCCUUCGAAAUAGUGCCCAAGUCCUUCACCAAAUAGCAAACAUAUAUGAAAUGAUGGAAGAUCCCAAUCAAGCCAUAGAGUGGCUUAUGCAGCUGAUCAGUGUAGUACCAACUGACCCUCAUGUCCUUUCAAAGCUAGGGAAAUUAUAUGACAAUGAAGGUGAUAAAUCUCAAGCUUUUCAUUAUUACUACGAGUCGUACCGGUAUUUCCCUUCAAACAUUGAGGUCAUUGAAUGGCUUGGAGCCUAUUACAUUGACACCCAGUUUUGUGAAAAAGCCAUUGAGUACUUUGAAAGAGCAGCACUUAUCCUACCUACACAAGUGAAGUGGCAGCUGAUGGUUGCCAGUUGCUAUCGAAGAAGUGGUAAUUACCAGAAAGCUCUAGAGAAAUACAAAGUCAUUCACAGAAAAUUCCCAGAGAAUGUCGAAUGCCUCCGAUUUUUAGUUCGUCUCUGCACAGAUAUGGGACUGAAAGAAGUCCAAGAAUAUAUGACAAAGCUCAAAAAAGUGGAAAAAUUAAAAGAAAUAAGAGAGCAGCGCAUUAAGUCUGGCAGAGAUGGCAGUGCACGUAGCCGCAAAGAAGGAAAUGCUGGUGGCGAUACUGGUGGUACCAAAGGGGAAAAACUGAGUGCCAAACUAAAAGCUUUGCCUGGAACAAGUGAACCUUAUGAAAGUAGCAGCAGUAAAGAAAUAGAUGCCUCCUACAUAGAUCCACUUGGCCCACAAGCAGAAAGACCGAAAACUGCAGCAAGAAAGAGAACUGAGGAAGAUGACUUUGCUGAUGAAGAACUAGGAGAGGAUUUGCUUCCAGAAUAAUAUAUGGUCCACUCAUAAUUUUUUCUCCUUUUAAAUGUUUUAGCAGAAAAAUACUCCUUCGUGAUGACUUUUUAGUGGGUUUUGAUAAAAUACCUGUGAAACACUUCUUAUUUAUGGUACCAUAUAUAAAAAAUACAGUUUUGAAGAUAAAAAUAAAUAACCCCACCAGAUUUUAUUU